AUGAGCCGAAGUCUUGGAAUACCGGUGAAGCUUCUUCACGAGGCGUCUGGUCAUAUCGUGACGGUGGAGCUAAAGAGCGGCGAGCUCUACAGAGGAAGCAUGAUCGAGUGUGAGGAUAACUGGAACUGCCAGCUCGAGGACAUUACCUAUACCGCCAAGGAUGGUAAGGUAUCACAGCUUGAGCAUGUCUUCAUACGAGGCAGCAAAGUCAGGUUCAUGGUCAUACCAGACAUUCUCAAGCAUGCUCCAAUGUUCAAGCGUUUAGAUGCUAGAAUCAAGGGAAAGAGCUCAUCACUGGGUGUUGGCAGAGGUAGAGCUGCAAUGCGAGGGAAAGCUCCGGCUACUGGGCGUGGAACUGGAGGAAGGGGAGCGGUACCACCUGUGAGGAGAUGA